GGAUUUCACACGAUCUGAAUUUUUAGUCUUUCAACUUUCAGAAGACAGCAAGCAAAGGCUUUCUCCUACUGCUCUCAAAGAGGGGUUUUAAUUUGUUUUUGUUUUUCUAGGGGGGGUUGGGGUGUCCUUUGUUGUUUUUGUUGUUGUUGUUGUUGUUUCAGUUUAAGAUAAUAAAUUAUUGAAUAAAAAUAAAACGCGAACUAAACAAAAGACUAAUGAAGAAAAUCACAUGACAAUGUCAUGUGACUGUGUCAUAUGACAUUCGACAUUCAUCAACACUUACAGCAAAUAUGGCUACGGCAGCUGGUGAUUUUUGUAUGUUCUUAGUUUUAUUGUUAACUUGUGUCCAUGUGUCGCAAGCUAUAAGCAGAAAAGUACACACAUACAGCUGGCCAGACUGUCAAAAGUACUCAGAGUCAUGCAAAGAAGCACAACAGCAGGGGUACAAUGUGGUCUACUCCAAGGCAUCUUUAAAAUCAAAUGACAAUUUGUUGUACGCCUUCAGCACCAUCGGCCUCCCAACUGUUGUGAUGGCCCGCACCACGUCAGAAGACAUGAACAUGGAAUUUGAUUGGGACAAACUGGUCAAUAAGUCAAGUCUGAUGGAUGCCAUCUCAAUCACUGGGAAGGGAACAGUGGAAUAUAAGUUUGGUGUUGCAUUCACAAAGCUGAUCGAGUAUGAUGACAGAAAUGAUACAGCCGAUUUGGUUGUAUGUGAAAAGAACAAGGGCAAUUUCACUAUCCGUUCAUUUGAAGAGUUCACCUGGCAACCUGUAGAAAAAAAUAUCAAGAAGGAUACAUUUGUGUUCAACUCCUCUGACACUUUUUUCCCACCUUCCAAAUCUGACAACGGGAGCGUAUCUUUUAAGUUUUUUGUUCGUGGGAGUGACGGAAGAAGCCCGGAUCUACCUGGUCUGAAGUAUACUGGAAAUGAAACCCAAAUUGAGUUUGAAAUUGAUAAGUACACACCCUCUUACAACAAUUCCCGCUUUGCACUGGAAGUCGCUAUUGUAAGCCAGUCGACUAAUAAGGAUAUGAGCGUGAGAGUGACAGAAACAAUUGAUGAUGAAUAUGCGCCUGGUGUGUUCAAGAUUGCCGACUUGCUGUCAGAUCCAGCUAGAAAAACUGAGGCUGGUUUUGUGCAGUGGAAACCUGUCGCUUACUUCGACAAAAGUCGGGGCCGCAAGUCUGCUACAGAAGUACAGAUUUAUACUCUGGAAAAUCUGGAUGAAGGGGAGCAGCUUAACAAGAGUGCCCUCUAUGCAUUUUUUGGAGAAGACUUGUAUGAUGGUUCAAAAGUGAUCAAGAGGAUUAGCAAUAUUUCCUUUGGGCUCCCUAAAGAUGGCUUUUAUGUCAAGAAUAAUUAUACAGAAUGGACUUAUGCUGUGGGUUAUGGUGAACCACCUCAUGAUGCGAUUUCGAUGACUGUCAUCAUCAUCAUCUCGGCUGGUCUUGGCCUUCCAGUGAUUAUUAUCAUCUUCGGUGCUCUUUUCACCAUUGUGAGGAAGUGCCGGCGUAGUUCAGAGCAGCAGUAUGAGCCUAUCAACGGGAGCGGCAGUAUAAAUAGAAACAAUCCACAGUGAAAAGAGUAGACCUUUGGCUGAUGAGCUGAAGGAGGAUCCUCGGGCAAGAUCUUUAGCUUUUAAACCCUUUAAUAAGACAAUUUUUAGACAGUAUUAUGAUCAGAAACACCAUUGCUUAGUAAAUAGAAGAAGAGAUAAGUUUUCUUACUGGUGUCAUCCCUGGCUAAUGAAUAGUGAUUGUUGAUAGAUUAAAUGUAAAAAAUAUCCAAGAUUUACCCAAAGUGUCAGUGAGUCCGCUGUUAGGCUUUAUUCGGAAAAAAAAUGGAUAAAAGGACUUAUUUUACUGCAUUUUCUUUUUGAAGCGAGUACCUUUUGUUUAUAACCUAUAUAUUGCCAGAACUGCUUUUGAACUUAUUAAAGGAUUCAUGCAGUCUCAGGAAAGACAGUGAAGGGGUUAAUUGCCUGGUUUUCUGACACAAUACUCAGUGUUUUAUAAGAACACUGAAGAGAAGGGCAAAGGAUGGAGAGAGGUAUACUUGUCUUGUUUUGUAAGUUUUGUCAAUGUCAAUAUUCUUAUUACUUCUGUUUUGGCCUGAACUUGAGUCAAUGUGAUGCCCUAAAUGCACAAAUAAAUGUCAACCUAAUGUCUAUUUUGCAGAUUGAAAGCACAAAUGAGACUAUGUAAGAGGCAUCUUUAACUUCAUGUUGUGCAUUAGUUUUUUAUUCCCAAUAAAGAACAUGUGUAGCAACACAAC